ACCAAUGGUAAGCGACGAGGCGAGAAGGACCGCCAGCGGCUGCCGCAUGCUUGCUGUGGCUCGUAUUGUCUGGGAUUGUGCGCUUCGAUCACACGCGUUUUUAUCACUUCUCAGUAAUUCCUCUUCAUCUGUGUCGUUUGCAACCCGUGUCACUGAAAUGUCGGUGAAUGAAAUGUUCAGCGCCAUUCAGGGAUUCCUCAGUGCCGAUCAGGAUGUGAGAGAGGAUAUCAGAAAAGUCGUGCAGGGACUGGAACAAACUGCGAGAGAGAUUCUUACUGUGCUCCAGAGCGUGCAUCAGGCGUCAGGCUUUAAAGACAUUCCUAGUAAAUGCCAAAGGGGCCGGGAGCUGUUCUGUGCAGUGAGGAAUCACCUGGGAGACCUGAAGACUAAGUUUCCUGCAGAGCAGUAUUACAGGUUUCAUGAACACUGGAGGUUUGUGUUGCAGCGUCUGGCGUUUCUAGCAGCCUUCGUUGUGUAUCUGGAAAGUGAAACGCUCGUGACUCGAGAAGAGGUCACACAGAUACUAGGCAUUGAAGUGAACAGAGAAAAGGGCUUUCACCUUGACAUUGAAGAUUAUCUGUCCGGGGUUCUGACUAUGGCCAGUGAGCUGUCCAGACUGGCUGUGAACAGCGUCACUGCAGGAGAUUACAGCCGGCCCCUGCGAAUCUCCAACUUCAUCAACGAGCUGGACUCGGGCUUCCGCCUGCUGAACCUGAAGAACGACCCACUGCGCAAGCGCUACGACGGGCUCAAGUACGACGUGAAGAAGAUCGAAGAGGUGGUGUACGAUCUCUCCAUCAGGGGGCUGGCCAGGGAGCCGGGGAGCGGCGGAGAGGAAUAGAAACACGAGAGGGGGCCGGGAACGCGAUCACUCGGCUUUGUGUUAGAUAGGAGCCAGUAUUCAAAACAAGGGAACAAGGGGGACGGCUGUGUUCUGUUAGAACAAAGCCGCGUUCUCUCAGAACAACGCCAUGUUCUUUCAGAAUAAAGCUACAUUCUCUUUGCAUUGCUCUGUUCAUUUAACUUGUAAUUUGCGAAUGGUGUGAAGAACAGGGGCAACCAAACGUUUUUGAAAUGGUCGCCGCUUAGUCGCCAUACAUCUUCAGAGUAGACCAGUAACUCUACUCUGUUUCCUAUUGCGUUAAAAUUCCUCCAGAGAAAACGUAAUGAUAGUGAAUACAAAUAACCCCCUGCUACAUCUCAUAAGCCUCACCGUGCAUUGCAAAGCAAUAGCAAUUGAUGCUGCGCUCUGCUCUGCUGUGCUCUGCGCCUGUUGCAAGGUUUUGUUGUAUUAAUGAUUUAGUGAUACAGUGUAGCCAUAUUUCAAAAUGAUGCCUUUUUUUUGCACCAAUCUCGAUUUCAUGGUGCAUUAUAAAUGGCGUUUUAGAAAUGUUCCCGGAAAUCUCAAACAAUAUCCCUUAUAAACAUGUACUGUAGGCAUGCAUGUAUUGAAUACAAUGUAGUUAUUGUCCACACUCACUCUCCUGAAAUCUUUGAUAUGCACCACCUCAUCUUCCAGGACACUCAUUUACUGCUAUUGUAGAACUUAAUCACAGAACACAUCCAGCGAUACAGUUCAUAGUGACAUUUAGAUCUUUUAAAUGGUUCGAUACAGACUCUUUCUUAUUGUGUUUUAAAUUUACACAGUUGGGCACGCUAGAAAGAGGCAUUUUGUUACUUUACACUUUGGUGCAUGGCUAGUGUAUAUUUACACAUUCAAGGUAACCGUGUCCCCUCUGUGAAACCUAUUACUCUGUUCCGUUACUCCGUUGCUCUGUUUCAUUAGUUUGCUUUCGAUACUCACAAGCAUGGCAGUAACACUAUUUUUGAAUUAUAAUGUAUGCCAAAGUGUUUUGUUUGUUUUUCAUCACAUGAACUGUAUGGUUUUGAACUUGUAUAAUGUGCUUGUAAAAGGAGACCUCAAUCAGUGCUGUGUUUGUCAGUCAGGAGCUGCAUGCGUGUGGAGCAGACACUGAAUCAUAUACCUGUUGCUUAAGAGUUUCCAUUACUGCCCAAGAACCUUAGAAUUACAGGGUUAUUGUUCACAUCCUUACCUCAGCAAAUCUGUGUGCCAACUAGAGAGAGAGAGAGAGAGAGAGAGAGAGAGAAAAUUCUUCUUUUAGACAACAGAAAAAACUGUUUGGGCAGCUGAAGUACAGUCAGCGUUUACAUAUACCUUGUCUCGUGUUCCUUCUUGUUUUCCCUUCAGUUUCUGAGAAAAUAAACAUUUAAGUUAUAUUUAAAGUCUUAAUACAUUACAAUAAAACUAUCUCUCUCUAUCGUCUACAUAAUGUCUUAUUCAAUUCCCAGUUAAACAAUGUGUCCUUGACAUUAGGGUGGCCUCAGUGCUUGUGCACUGGUCGCUGCUGUGUCUGCAGUGUUGUGUCACAACAAUGCAGUGAUUCGCUCUACAGCUCUCCAUUUCUAUCGCGUGCAAAGUAAGGAUGCUUGUGCAGUGAGAGCCUGGUAACGUCCACUGAGGAAUCUCCACCAGUAAAGAUCGGAAACCAGCCAGAUGCAUACGUGCCUCAAUAACAUAAUGUAUCUGUUUAAGUGAAUGCUAUAUACUUUUGAAACUGCUACUCCCGAAUCAGCCAGGUCCGUUGCGUGGCUGUGCCUCAGUUGGUAUAAACUCCACUACUGCAGAACAGGAACGUUGUGUUUAAAGAAACGAAAUGAAAAGCAGGAGUCUGUUUUGAUUAUCCUGACAGCGCAGUGCGUGCACUUAACACGAUGAAAGGGCUUCAGAAAUGGGAAAAACAUCUUUUCAUGGAAGCACUUGGUGUGACGUUGAGAGACCGCUCUGUUCAAUUGCGUAGACAUGCUUUAUUUCUGUUUUGUAAUUGUGAAAAUGUUAAACUGUUUUAGAAAGUGCGCUAGUUGUUGUCGGCUUAUGUGUUCAGCAAUAAGAUUUAAUGUUCUAUUUUUGGACUGAUUUGUAAAGCCUGUUCAAAAAUGUAAUGAAAAAGCCUUUAAUAAAAGACAUAUGAAGCUGAUUAAAC